CCAAAGCAAACACUUUGACUCGCGGUCAUGGCGUAUUGUAGUAGCAUUCCCCGACGUCUGGCAUACUAUUUGCAUUUCUUAGCAGCUUUGUUGUUAUUUCCGUGGUUUUUGAUUACCGCCAUGAUCAAUGCAUUAGUCUGCGGAAGAAAAGAGGAUCAAAUACAAGGUAGAUUGGCGGUUAUCACUGGGGCUGCACAAGGCUUGGGUCGUCAAAUAGCUCUGGAGUUGGCUAAAAGGGGAUGUCACAUAGCCGUGGUGGAUACUCUGCAGAAAGCAGCAGAGAAUACAGCCAAAUAUUUAAGGGAUACGCAUAACAUUCAGGCCAAGGCCUACUUGGUGGAUAUCACCGACUACCAUCAAUUGCUGGCUUUUCGCAGCGAAGUUCUGAAUGAUUUUGGCGUCGAUGUGACCAUUCUGAUAAACAAUGCCACAAUAUUUCGUAUAUCCGAUAGCAAUCCAGUUCGCCAUGAGGAAAUACAAAAUAUGGUCACCCUGAACUUUACCUCUCACCUGUGGAUGAAUCAACUCUUUUUGACGCGUAUGAAGGAAUUAAAUCGUGGUCACAUAAUGGCCAUUUCAUCUUUAAGCGCCUUGUUUCCUGCAGAUUAUCUGCAAAUUUAUGCCCCCACCAAGAGUGCCAUUCGGGCGUAUAUGGCCUCCCUAAGGGCACAUCUUAAAUGUGAGAAUUACAAAAUCAGAGUGACCACCAUUAUGCCAACAUUUUUGAAUAGCCGCCAGUAUGAAAAGGAUUUUGUCGACCUAAGUGGCUAUGAGAGUAUUACUCCUUGCCUGGAUAGCACUGUAGCUGCCGAACAAGCCGUAAAGGCAUUAUUGCAGGGUCUUGAGGAGAUAUCAUUGCCGCGAGUGGCCAGUCUUACCUACAAAUUACUAGAAUUUGGCACCACUUGGCAGCGAGACUGGUUUGUGAGAUGCUUAAGUCCGAAAUUUAAUGCUGAUGAACUGCAUGAAAAGUUAAAGCAAUGCAGCGAUAAAAACGGUGAUAUACAGACUUCAAUAACGGUAGUAUAGUCUUAUUAUAAAACCUUUUAAGUUUUAUCUAGAAUAAGAAUAAAUUUAAAGGCAGAAUUCCAAACAGGUUUGUACA